AUGUCAUCAAAAACCUCCAGCUCAUCCCAAAAAACAUGGAGUACCGAUUCCUACCCCAGUCUGUACCGAUCCGACAGUACCAAACAACCUUCCAGCAGCAGUUCAUCCCUGAGUAGCGCUUCCACCACCCCACGCUCCACGUCUUCUACGUCAAUAUCAACGCUUCCGAAGGCAACGGGCAGCACCAGUGGCAGUGAUUCAACAAUUCCGCCACGUUUGAUAUGGGACCGAGAAGAGGCCAGCGCCCUCCGACCGUACGACUACCGGAAGUUCGACGAACCCUUCAAACAGCUACCAACCUAUCUCAGUGAACUGGGUGGUUUAGGAAUUCCACCGCGGAAACCAUGCUACCCGGUUAAGGCGGACCCUUUCCAUCGACGCACCGAAGAAGAUUCGAUCUUUCACAAACGGAAUACCGAUACAACUCAGUUUUCGUUGACGGAAAAGCCUGAACUCGGCAUUUGUGUCCGAAAGCCGGAAAAGUCGCUGUUGCAACAAGUGAGAGGGGUUGCUCUGGCUGACAAUGUGAAUUCAGAAGAAGAAGUUGAUGGAAGUAGCGAGAGUGUUGCUUCCGAUUCGACGGACUUGAGCUGGAAGGAUUUCCAGCAGAAGCAACCAGAACGGGAUCAGGUGAUGGAGGAUUGUAGGAGAUGUUUCUUUAGGGCUCAUCGGGAGCUUUUUAAGAUGAGGCAGUACGAUGAAUACGUCGAGGAAAAGAAUCGUGUUCCGGUUGAGGUGCAAUCGUGGGAACUGUCCGACGAAAGUACGGCCAGUGAGGUUUCCGAACAGAUUGUCGAUGAUCUGCCGGAGCUGACGCUUGUUGAGGAGGUUAUUGAUGUUGAGAAGGAGCCUUCGAUCGAUCCAAACGAGUAUCAAACAACAAAGAUCAUACGGGUGGAUGAGAAGCAACGUGUGAUAGAGCAUAAGGAAAGGCAUUUGGAGGCAGUAAAGGAAUUUCUUUGGGAUGGAUACGCAAAGGCCGAUGAAGCUGUGGUGCAAUUGGAGGAGGAGCGGCAGAAGUCUCCGGAACCGGAAGAUCCAGAUGAUAUGGUGAAGAAUGCACCAAUUCAAGAUUAUUUGAAUGUUAAUAAGAUUAAGUUUCGAGAAGAGUUGGCAAACCGUUUGGAAGAAAUCAGGGAAAAGCAGAAACGGGUGCCUAAGGAAUUGCCGAAGACUUCGGUUCAGUUCGAGAAAUACACUGAUGAGCUGAUGAGUGCACGGCGAGAACUUCGAGACGAAGCAAUUUUGGUGCACGAACAUUAUCAGAAGGCCGGCAUUGAUGUUGAUGUUCCGGAGAAAGAUCUACAGCUGAGGAAGUUUCGGGCAGCAGAUUGCCGCAGUUUGGCAUCGGCUUCGGAAGAGAGCCUUGAAGAGGAUUCGGAUGUACCGGAUGAACCCGCAGUGCACACCUGUAUGACUCGAGGAGAGUGGGCUCGCUGGAUCGGAAAGUGUACCAAGAUGGAGAAGCUGAAACUGCCUAAGGUCAAGAUUCCACGAGUUCCACGCGAGCUUCACAAGGAAGAGGAAAGCCCAAUCCGGGUCUACAUUAGGGGAGUUCGGAAGGAAAUUAAAAAAGAACCGGUCAGCAAGCUGUUGGAACCUCCGAAGCCUAAACCUAGACGAUCGACUCGUACUGUCCCAAGAUGGCAUCUGAAGGAUUUUCUCUACGGUGAACCGAAAGAGUAUCAAAUACCGGCAUUCAUUCCCUAUAAACCUCAGAUGGUGCAGUUCUCGGAUUUGGCGGAGGAUAAAUAUCAGAAACAGAGAAAGCAACGUAAAGCAAAGCGAAAUUUGCGGAAAAGUAAAAUGGCUUGGAUCAAUGAUCUAGUGGAUGAAAUCAUUUUCAAGUAUUGA